CAAUGCCGACUCGCUCGCAAAAAAAACAGAGAGGGUUGGCGGGAGUGAGUCAAUUUGCGACAGCUAGCUCUAACUCGGGAGUAGCCAGAGCCAAGCAACGUGAAGAGCCCAACGUCUAACGCAACGACACUGCACUGCACUCAAUGCAAAGAGUGACUCAAUGGUAUAGAAAACGAACGUCGCGAUCGGCGCAGCGUAGGUCGCAGGUGGAUAUCCGAGGGAGGGGUGCAGGAGAGGAACACCUGGAGAGGGUAGGCUUGUUGGCCGAAACAGGAGCUCUAUCUCACCCUCUAAUUUUUUUGAGCCUUUAUUUUUUUUCUCUCAUGCUCCGUCCAAUCCGAAGUGGCAAUUCGUCGGUUACAGUGGGGGUCAGCUCAGCCUUGGCGGGCGGCUGGGCUGGCACGGCUAGGGCUAGCUGGGCAGGCCCAAACAGCCGAGAAAAGCCCACUGGCCAGGCCAGGAGGAAUUAGUUCGGGGUUCUCCGCCAUUUGGAGUUGGGGGGAUCCACCACCGAAAGUACAAAGCUCUGUCGAAAAGGAAACGCUUUACCGUCGGAGACACGAAAAGAAAAGAGCGGCAUCAC